GCCAGCAUCUCUUACAAUUAUAUCCCCUUUGACUAUUGACUUGCAGCUAGCCCUGUGUAUAUAAGCGUCGUCGCGUCAUAGACUUUGAUUGGCCGGCCAAUACUACUACUCGGUGUAAGUAGUGCGCACAACGGCAUCGCGAUCUAUGGAAAUGGAAAUGGAGGAGCCGCCCCAGCUGUUCCUGUGCCCCAUCUCCAUGCAGCUCAUGGAGGACCCCGUGACGGUGUCCACCGGCGUGACCUACGACCGCCGCAGCAUCGAGCAGUGGCUCUUCGCCUACGGCCGCACCACCUGCCCGGCCACGAUGCAGCCCCUCGCCAACCUCGAUCUCACGCCCAACCACACCCUCACGCGCGUCAUUUCCUCCUGGCUCCGCCGCUCCCCGUCUUCAUCAUCUUCCAUGUCGCCGUCCACGUCGUCCUUGUCCAGCCCGGCCCACGGGACGCCGAACGAAGACGAGACGCCGCUGUCGAGGAUGCUGGAGGAGGAGCGGAUGCGGUCGGCGGUGGGCGAGCUCGAGGAGACGCCGUUCAAGGUGACCGCGCUGAGGGGCAUGGCGAGACGCGUGUCCGGGGACGCGGCCAUGCAGCGCGUCUUCGUGGCGUCCGGCGGCGUCCAGGCCGUCGGCCGCGUCAUGUCCCAGGCGCUGGCGGAGAGCGGGAGCGGGGGCGACUUCUCCGCGUUCGCCGCGUGCGAGGAGGCCGCCGCGGUGCUCGCCGCGUUGCUCCCGCUACUCUCCGAGUCCGACGACGACGCCGAGCCGUUGGCGCUCCUCCUGCAGGCGCCCGAGUGCAUGAGGCCCGUCAUGGCGCUGCUCCAGCGCGGCGGCGCCGAGGCCAGGCUGCACGCCAUGGACAUCCUCACCAAGAUCUCCAGCAAUGCCGUUGACUGGACCGCCGGCAUCGACGUGGACGACGUGCUCAAGCCGCUGCUGGAGCUGGUCUCGGACGAGGUCUCCGCGCGCCUCAGCUCGCGCGCGCUCGACGUGCUCCUGUGCGUCGUGAGCCGCUCCUCCUCCGCAACGAGCGCCAUCGCGCGCGCCAAGGCCGUGGAUGUCGGCGCGGUGCACGUCCUCGUGGAGCUCCUCGUCGUGGACGAUCACCACCGCCACGUGGCCGAGCGGAUCCUGCUGCUGCUGAAGCGCCUGUGCAAGUGCCCCGGGGGCCGGCUGGCCUUCGCGGAGCACGGCCUGGCGGUGGCCGCCGUGGCGAGGACCAUGCUGCGGGUGUCGGACCUGGCCACGCGGCUCGCCGUCAAGGUGCUGUGGCUCGUGUCCGUGGCGGCACCGCCGUCCCCGGCGCCGGAGAAGGUGCUCGAGGACAUGGUGCUCACGGGGGCCGUGGGGAAGCUGCUGGGCCUGCUGCACGUCGAGAGCGCGCCCUCGACCAAGCAGAAGACGGUGAGGAUGGUGAGGAUCCACGGGGUGUUCUGGAGGCAGUACCCCUGCUUCCCGACCGACCUCAGGGAUUACUUGCGGUUACUCGAUUGAUUCGUUCGCUGGCUGUUGCUUCAUUUAUCCGAGCAAUUAGUCCACGGGAAAGGGGAUAAAAACCGUGAAUUUGUUACUGCUGGAAAGUUUUGGAGAUGUAUUGUGAUUAUAAUUAAUGUAAAGAAAUAUAAAUGGAACAUAUACUUUA